CUUAUAUAAUCGACUUCAUCUCUUCUAUUCCUUUUCACUUUUAUCGGUGUCUAGGGUUUCUUGCUUCUCUCAUCAAGAUUCAUCGUUUCAGGUGCCAAAACUUUGAAAAUGUCAAGAGUUUAUGUUGGGAAUUUGGACCCAAGGGUUAGUGAAAGGGAAUUGGAAGAUGAAUUUCGCAUCUAUGGAGUCAUCCGAAGUGUUUGGGUUGCAAGAAGACCACCAGGUUAUGCUUUCAUUGACUUCGACGACAGCAGAGAUGCACGAGAUGCAAUCCGUGCGUUAGAUGGUAAGAGUGGAUGGAGAGUUGAGCUUUCUCACAAUGCUAGAGGAGGUGGCGGUGGUCGUGGAGGAGGAAGGGGCGGCAGUGAUCGCGGUGGUGGUGGCGGUUCUGAGUUGAAGUGUUAUGAGUGUGGUCAACCAGGUCACUUUGCUCGCGAAUGUCGCAACCGUGGAGGCUCUGGGAAAGGAGGAGGAGGAGGCCGCAGUCGAACCCCUCCUAGAUAUCGUAGGAGUCCAAGUUACGGUAACAGUCCUCGUGGGCGUUCACCUAGGCGUCGCAGUUUGUCGCCACGUGCUAAAAGUUUCAGCCGAUCACCACCGCCAUAUCGCGCACGCGAUGAGGUUCCAUACACUAAUGGAAAUGGUGUGAGGGAUCGUCACAGAAGCAGGAGCUAGAUUGUGGUGCCAACAGAGGCAUUUCGUUGAAUUUUUAGGCAAUUUAACGUGUUUUCUUCUUGCGAUGGACAAAUGAUAUAAGACUUUAUUUUGAGUUGUUGGGGGGUGACUGCAGUCGGCCGCCUCAGCUCUCGUGGAUUGGUUAAGUUUCUUUCUUACUUGGUAAUUUCGUAUUAUUCUUA